AUGGCCGCGGCCGCAGAUGAUGCACCCCCCAGCAUGGAGGUUGAGGGUCGUUAUUGGGAGUCUUUCAAUGGCGCUAUUGCGGAGGAAGACCAACGCCUGCUUGAUCGGUUCAUCGAAGAGACCAAGGACCUUCGCAAUGAAUUGGCGAGCAUGCAGCGCGACAAGGCGCGGGCCGAAGAAAAUCUCCGCCAGAUCAAUCUCGCCUACCAGAACUAUGAGGAACGGCUUGAGACGAGGCGUCGUGAGUUUGAGCUCCAACAGAGAGCCCUGGCGGCUGAACGCGCAGUCCGACGAGCCAAGAUGACUGCGUGGUUUGGCUCGCGCGGCACCUCAUCACAUCCCAAACCACCCAGCGAGGAGCACGUCGAUGUGGCCCAUGGCGACAUCCCCAAUGGUAUCGUCGUCAGCACCCGGCGCAUCAAGGACGGCAGGACCAGCCUACCUGACGGACCCCAAGCCGCCGCCGCCAACGGGGCCGCCCCCAGAUACCACCAUACGUUUGCCGCAGCCAACAAUGUGGGCGCCACCAACGAUAUCGGCCAGCUCGAUGAUCUCACGGGCGUCGAGGUUUUUGAUGGUGACGGGAAUUUUGUCGCGCCCGUGAGGAGCAUCCCGGCACAGAACGCAGUGGUGUCGCUGCUGUUGGGACUGCCAGUCAAGCGUCGCGUCAACACGCGCCCUGGCCGCACCUUUGAUCUGGACAAGUUCAACUCUAUCUACGACAAGCGGUACACGUAUGCCAACGGCCCCAAUGCGAAGCCAGCGAGGUGGACCGCCGUCAUGCUGCAGGCUACAGGCGACGUGCUCGAGGGCGCGAAACGCUGCCUUAACUGUACCAAGAACCUGGGCCCCUUCGAUACGUGCAUCAUUCCACGAGGGCCCAAUUUUCGCAAGUGCGGCAACUGCGAGUGGUCCAAACAGCCGUGCCAGAUGCCUGCGGAAGAGGCCGUGAGCGACGAAGACGACGACGAAGCUCAUUCGACGCCAAAGACGGGCGUCCAGGAGGAUAUGGCCCAGUACGCCGCGGCCGCACCCCAGGACGACCUUGAUGAUUCGCGGGAUGACAGCCCUGCCCCCAACGCGCUGCGGAAGCGACCAAAGGGCGUCGCGACUAUUCAGCAGCAGCAUCAAAACGUGUACCACUGGCAAGGCGACAAGACGCCCAAGCAGACUUCUCCCGAGGAUGACUCGACCGAGGAAGACAUGGAACCCAUCACAGCCAGCAAUCUCGUGCUGCGUCACAACGGCGUCACGUACACCCACCCUGAAUGUAUGCAAGGCGUUCCUCUCGUGAAGAUUGACCCGAGCCAUCCGUACUGGGAGCCCGACUGGGAGCCUGAUCUCGAGACUGCGGCUAUCCAGCCCGCCCUGGAAUCGUGGCGUGUCAAGCACGAAGCUGCGCUCAAGGGAAACACGAGCAGCAAGUUUCAGGUCGGACGCCAAGUCAACCGUGGCGAGACGAUACUUAAGUUCUUGAGGCAAGCCGACAUCAGCCCUUACCAACUGCUGAGCAAAAAGUAUGUCAACUCGCGCCUGGUCGGCUACGAUACGCUGUUCCGACUCGCCGAUACCUAUUUCGUUCUCGAAAGUUUUGGCACAAUGGACAUCACGCCUCUGGAAUGGAUCCGGCACCGGCUGCACGAAGUCAUUCAAGAGGAGGGCUCGCACUUCAAGCUCUACGCCAAAGUACACAAUUUCUACCAUGACCGCAAACUAGAGGCCCUUCGACUCGCAAACGGAAAGAGGAGUAUCGGCCGCCCUUCUGGUAUGAAGAUGUCGGGAAAGAAGAGGAAGAGCUUGAAUGAUACGCCCAUCAAGGCUGUCGUACCUCCGGCCGGGGCUGGCCCUAUUUCGGUAGGGCCCCUGCCCGGUUAUGAUGUAGUUGCGCAAGUAUCAGCGGCGGCGAUGCAUCAUGCGCAGAAUCUCAGCGCCGAGUCCGAGCAGGAACGGCCGUAUAAACGGAAACGGAAACCUCUCGUCAAUAGUCGCAACGGCACGCCUUUGAAUGGCGAGGACGAGGGUGAGGGCGAGGGCGACUACGACUUGCAGUAUGACGGAUACACCGAUACGGACGACUACAGUGGUGAUCAGAUUAGCAACCACGAUUUCUGCUUGAGCUCCGUCAAAUCGCGCAUCAACACAACGAGCACGUCCGUCACGCAGUAUUGGCAUUGGGUCGAUAUCGAGGGCGGCACAGACGAUGUUUUUGAGCACCAGGUUUUAUCUGACUGCAAUCCGCCGUCGUGGGGGUUGUACUCUAACCCGGUCAACUUUCACUUCACGCCGCAAGACGUUGUGGACAUUCAAUGGGCGGCCGACACGCGCAAAGUGGUUGUACGUUGCCGGCCUGGCGUCGAAAAGGACGAGCAAACCGGCCAAGAACGCGGUGACAUGAUUGCCGAUUUUGCCCGCGAGCGCACCAAGCGGCGCUUCCUUGUGUUUUGUGAGAAAAGGGGAAUCAAAAUCGUCAAGACGACGAGUGACGCGAUCGAACAGGCGUGGGAGACUACCAAGUCGCCCUUUGUUGAUCCCGUCGAGGCUUCUGAGUUGGAGAUGGUCUGA